AAUUUGUUGUACGCAUUCUACCGCUCUUUCUCUCUCUCUCUCUUCUGCCUCAAAAAAUUUAGAAGGGUGAUUGGUGAAAUGAAAUCCAUGGAAAUGGCGGCUUGGUUUUCCCUCCCAUUUUAAAAUCUCAAAACCGUGUUGAAAAUCCUUUCAACCACUUUCAACUUCCCCCAAAUUUUAAUUACCACCAAAGUUUUCCCUCUCUUCCUAUCCACCAAAUUCAAACCCUAAUUCGUUUCUUUCAAAAGCCCUAAUUUUCUGUCUCAGUCUAGGGUUUUCCGAUGGCUGAUCAUGCAGAGACUUUGGCUCCGCCGUCGGAAUCAGUUAGUAUAUACGCAGAUGCGGUUGAAUCCUCUUCCCCCAAAGAUUCUCGUUCGCCUACACAAACCCUAGAUCGAUACUUGAGCUCUCGUCGUACUAAAGUCGAUGUUCACGCUAGCGCACAUAUGUUGUUUGAUAAAAUAUCUCAAGAAGAGGAGGAAAAAUUGGAGGAUUCUAAGCCACCGGAAUCACAAAUAAAUCCCUUGAUGGCAACCGAAGUGCUCGAAGAUUCUGAAGAACUGGCGCUAUCUCUUUCCGGUGCGGAAGCUAAUGCUCCCACUGAGCCCUCAAGUCCCGUGGCUGGUGAUGAUAACGCUAAUGAUCUCGCCGAUGAGACCGAUGCGUGGAUUUCGUGUAAUCGAAGUGAAAACGAUGUCUACAAGCCGUUGCCCUCAGUUGCGUCAAGUUCUUCGAGUUGGUACGAAGAUGUCUAUGAGAAGCCGUCUAUGGUGGGUGCAGGACUUGCCAAUCUAGGCAACACUUGCUUUUUCAACGCAGUUAUGCAGUGCUUCACACACUCUGUGCUACUUGUUCAGGGUCUAUUUUCAUCUCCCCAUCCAACUCCUUGUGAUUGUAACAAUGAAAGGUUCUGCUUGAUCUGUGUAUUGCGGGAGCAAAUUGAACUUUCUUUAACAUCAACUGGAAAAGUUGUCUCUCCAUGGAAAUUUGUUGACAACUUGAGUUAUUUUUCAUCAUCUUUCCAAAGAUAUCAACAAGAAGAUGCUCAUGAGUUCUUGCAAUGCUUUCUAGAUAGGCUUGAAAGUUCUUUCAGCAAUUUAAAAGUGAAGGAUGCUACUCUCUCCUCAGAAAGUGAAAACUUAGUCAAGAAAGUCUUUGGAGGUCGUGUUAUCAGCAAACUAAGAUGUUGCAACUGCAACCACAUAUCUGAUACCUAUGAGCCUUCAGUUGACUUAAGCUUGGAGAUUGAAGAUGCAAAAAGUCUUUCAACUGCCCUUGAGUCUUUUACAAAAGUCGAACACAUUGAAGAUGAAGAAAUGAAGUUUACAUGUGACCAGUGUAAAGAAAAAGUGUCUGUUGAGAAACAACUUAUGCUCGAUCAAACUUCUCCUAUUUGUGCUUUCCAUUUAAAAAGAUUCAAAAAUGAUGGCUCUUAUGUUGAGAAAAUAGACAAACAUGUUGAGUUUCCUCUUGAGUUAGACUUGCAGCCCUAUACAUGUGGCAAUCAAAGCAAUAAUGAGGAGUUGAAAUAUGAACUAUAUGCAGUUGUGGUACAUGCAGCUUAUACAUCUAGCUGUGGUCAUUAUUACUGCUACAUUCGUUCUGCACCUGAAACCUGGUGCAAGUUUGAUGACUCAAAGGUGACUAGUGUUUCUGAAGCUUAUGUGCUAUCAGAGGAAGCAUACAUUCUCUUCUAUGCAAGACAAGGCACACCUUGGUUUUCAAACUUUAUGGAAACAUAUAAACCUUCAUUAGAUCCAAAUUUAUCAAACACUUCACCAAAAUCCGUUCUUGAAAACCUUGAUGCCCCAAUCAUCCAUUCUCAUGACACCAAUGAAUCUUGUAGCAGAUCAACUGAUAACAACAAAGUUACAGUUCCUGAAGCUAAAGAUCAUUGUAGUAUCAAAUCUGUUGCUGUGGUUCCAAACACUCCAAUUUAUGUAAAAAAAGAAAACCUUCCAUUGACCCUUAAAGAAUAUGGCUCUAAUCGUAGGGUAGUCACCCCCACAAGUCAUAACAAGAUUCACACUGCAAAUCCUGAAAAUGAUCCCAACAGAAGAAAAACCACAACCACAUUUGAAAUUGAAGACAUCUUUUCUCCUUCAACACCACCAAGAUCUCCUGGAGUUGAUUCUUCUGAUGAUGAAACAUCAGAAGUGGUUUUUGCUUCAAGGACUAGUCAACUAAAGCUUUUGGAGAAACCAUCUUACAAGAGACCAAGAAACAAAGAAGUUGAAAAUUAUGCAAAAAUUGAGGCUUUGAAGCAUUGUAAUAAGACAAUGCCUGCUUCAAGAAGAGACAUACUCAUGGCUGCUAUUAAGAGUGAGAGUGCAGUGAACAACAAAAGAAGCAAGAAAAUGGCAUCACUUUCACCUCCAAGAAAGAAUUUAAGCAGAUCAAGUGAACGCCCAAUCCCCCGUAAAUUAGCUUCUUCUUCAAGUUUUCGUUGAAGGUAAGCUUAGGGUUUUAAGAGGUUGCAUGAUUUUUAGGGUUUUUUUUUUUUGUUAUGAGAUAUGAUCUAAUGAUAUGAUGGAUGGAGGCAUGUGAAGUGUUUUGCUUGCCAUUCAUGGAGUGAAGUUGGU